CCUCCAUAAAUGAACGCCCUCCGGCGACCCCUUCCUUCACUCUUAAUUGCCCGUCCAAUAGGGACUAAAUAGCAAAAGGGUUCGUCUUCCUGCCUGAGGAGGAAGAGCACGGAGAAAGACGUCCUUGAUUCCGACUCGUUGCCAAAGAUUAGAACUUUGCCAGCAUCGAAUCGGUCGAUGCCAUGGGAACCGAGGUGUUGCGCCCCCAAGACUGCCUCCUCCGCCCAUCCCCUGGCCUUCGGAGCGCCAAACCCCUCCGCAGGAGGAGGGAGGGAUCGCCCAAACAGCCCGCCAAGCCCCGUCUGGCCAUGGGGCAGGUGACCAUCCUCAGGCGAGGUGAGUCGCUGGAGGCCGCAAAGGCGAGGAAGGGCGGGCCGGGCACGGCGGCCAUUCCCUCCGCCAGCGUCGGGUGGGAUCCGGCGUUGUUCGGCAUGGGGCGGCUAGGGCCGGACCCGGUCAUGAUCCCGAAGCAGAUCCGGCUGAGAUCGCCGGCGGCUGCGAUGCCGCCGGACGUGUACGCGGGGUCGGCGUUCGAUCUCUCGCCGUCGCCCCGGGCGCUGCCGCUGCCGAGCUUCUCAAGGAGGAAAGAGGAUCUACCGCCGGCGGGGGCGAAGGCCGUCGUGGAUUGUUCCGCCACCAAGGAUCUGAGGCGAUUGCUUCGGCUGGAAUGAUACGAUCUGAAAGUUAAAUAGUUUAAGCAAAGAAAAAGGGACGAAUAAUCCGAAAGAUGGCUUCUUUCCCCUCUUCCUCUCUUUGAUGGGAUCAAAUCCAACUUUUUCUUGUUUUCCGUGCGAUUUUUGGAAGGACGGAUGAAUCACAAGAAGUUGGAUAUGAUCUCUGCGAUCAAAGGAUGAACAGAGAGGGACAAAAAAAGGAAAGACUCAGAUGAAAACAAUGGGAAUUGUGAUAUGUAAUUGCUGUGAACUGAUCUCAAAUCCUAUUCUUCUCUAGCAUGGAGAAGUGGUUUCCAAUCCAAACAUAAUAUGAUCACAUGUAUUAGCCAAA